AUGACGGCAACCUUUUAUCCUCCUAAAAAAUCAGACUCUGCUAUAAUUCCAAAUGGAAUACUUGCAACAGGAUACGCUUCUUUUAUUGUUUCAAAUAUUAAUGGUUUGACUAUUCCAGAUUCUGUAACAAAAAUUGAAGGAUUUUCAUUCUAUGGAACAAAGUUAACCGAAGUUAAUUUGCCUAAUUCUAUUACAUACAUUGGUGAAGUUAAAACAUUAAUCAGCAUGAAAUUACCAUUAAAUAUAUACGAAUUAAAAAUUGGCUGCUUUUUUAAUACAAGACUGACUUCAAUUGAAUUGCCAGAAUCAUUAAAAAUAAUAAAUUCAGGAUGUUUUACAAAUUGUCCAAACUUAAAGCGAGUUGUGUUGCCAGAGAAUUUGACAACUUUGAAUGGAAAGGUAUUUGAUACAACAACAGAAUUAGUUUUCAAAGAGAAUUCAAACUUUUAUAUCAAUGAUUAUUAUGUUAUCAUGACAAAAGACAAUCAAACAGUCUCACAAUACAUUGGUGGUAACGAAGCUAAAGAAAUUCCAAUCUUGUCAGAUGUCAUCGAGAUCAAAUCAUCAUCAUUCAAAGAUAAAUCUCUUCUUAGAAAAAUCAUAUUCGAGACUAACUCUAAACUCAAAAUCGUCCAAAACGAAGCAUUUUCAGGCUGUAAUAACAUCGAGUGCAUUGAAUUACCACGAAGUCUCACAAAAAUUGGUGGCAAAGCAUUCUAUAAUUGUUAUAAAUUGAAGUCGAUCACAUUGAGUGAAUGUACUAGUUUAGGAAAGAAUGUCUUUGAGAAUUGUAAUGAAUUAACAACAAUAUCGAUGGAAGACAGUUCAUUAACAAUUCUUGGUGAUAGUGUUUUCUCCAAUUGUACUUCACUCAAUAACAUAUAUCUUCCUAUUUCUUUGACAACAAUUGGAUUUUCAACAUUCAGUGGAUGCACAUCUCUCACAUUAGUUCUCUUCCACGACAAAAUCUCAUCAAUUGGCAACAACUGUUUUGAAAAUUGCAAUCUUGAAGAAGUUGAUCUUAGCAUUUGUACGAGUCUCACAUCUAUUAGUGAAUAUUGUUUCAGUGGAAACACACAUUUAUCAGAAAUCAAACUUCCAUCGACUAUCAGUGUUAUCAACUCAUACAGUUUUAGCAAUACAGGCAUUUUAAUAUUCACAUGUCCAUUAUCUCUUGAAAAGAUAUACUCAGACUCGUUCUUAUCAUGUGUCUCACUCUCUACUAUCGUUAUUCCAUCAGAAUGUCGUCUUUCUAGUAUUUCAGGCGGAUCAUUCCGAAACUGCUUCAGCAUCAAGAAUAUCACAUGCAAGAAUUCUAACUAUGUUGUUGUUACAGGUGCUCUCUUUGACAUUCACAUGACAUCUCUUAUCUUGUUCCCUCCUGCAUCACCAGUCAAGUUCUUCUCUCUUCCAGGAAGCACUACAAACAUCGGUGAAGGUGCAUUCAUGAGCUGCAUCAACCUUGUUAGCAUUAUGAUUCCUAGUGACAGUGUUAUAGAAAUCUCACAGAACGCAUUUGAAGGCUGUGAUCAUCUUUCAUGUGGGUGUGAGAUUGAGAAUCAAAGCAAAACAUUUCUCACAACAUUGAUCAGUAUCAGUAAACUUCCAUCUCGAUGCACUCAUGACUGCCUAUCACUCUGUUCAAUCAAAAUCAUCAACAACAUUCAAUCCAAUUUCUUAAUUCAUCCAUUCAUUGCAAUGCUUUUGUAA